UCAAAAAGAAGAUGUUGGAUGUUGGGAAAUGGCCAGUAUUUGCUCUCCACUCUCAGGAGGAGCUAAAAUUAAUUCACCAGGCCUGUGUAUUUGGUAGCGCUGGCAAUGAAGUGCUGUACGUCACUGAAAAUGAUGAGGUUUUCGCCCUUGGCACAAACUGUAGCGGCUGUUUGGGAAUAGGAGAUACGCAAAGCACCAUCCAACCACGACGAAUAGAUGUGUUAUGCGGCAAGAAGAUAGCUUGCCUGAGCUGUGGGACUGGCCCUCAUGUCGUGGCAGCUACUACUGAUGGGGAACUGUACACGUGGGGUCAUAACGCUUACAGUCAGCUGGGAAAUGGAACCACCAAUCACAGUUUGCUUCCUUGCCAAGUCUCCACCAACUUGGCAAACAAAAAAGUGAUCGAAGUUGCCUGUGGCUCUCAUCAUUCUAUGGUUUUAACGUCAGAUGGAGAGGUCUACGCAUGGGGCUAUAACAACGCCGGGCAAGUUGGAUCUGGCUCAACAGCCAACCAGCCAAUUCCGCGAAGAGUUACCAGCUGUUUACAAAAUAAGAUUGCAGUUAACAUUGCUUGCGGCCAGAUGUGCUCAGUGGCUUUGGUAGAAAAUGGUGAGGUCUACGUCUGGGGUUACAAUGGUAACGGUCAGCUUGGACUUGGCAACAAUGGCAACCAGCCCACACCCUGCAGAAUAGCAGCUCUGCAAGGCAUUCGUGUGCAGAGGGUCGCCUGUGGCUUUGCGCAUACGCUGGUGCUGACAGAGGAAGGUCACCUGUAUGCCUGGGGGGCCAAUUCCUAUGGUCAGCUGGGCACCGGCAACAGAAGUAACCAGUCUUACCCAGCACCAGUCUCCGUGGAUAAGGACAGACUCGUUGAGAUCGCUGCAUGUCACUCGGUUCACACUUCCGCUGCUAAAACUCAGGGUGGCCAAGUGUACAUGUGGGGUCUGUGCCGCGGCCAGUCCGUCACUCUUCCGCACCUCACCCACUUCACUUGCACUGAUGAUGUCUUUGCUUGUUUCGCGACUCCUGCGGUGACGUGGCGCCUCCUCUCCGUAGAGCCUGACAACCAUCUAACAGUAGCUCAAUCCCUGAAGAAGGAGUUUGACAACCCAGACACCGCAGAUCUGAAGUUUCAAGUGGAUGGGAAAUACAUUCAUGUCCAUAAAGUCCUUCUCAAAAUUCGGUGUGAGCAUUUUCGCUCAGUGCUAAAUGACCAUAACGACGAAAUUAUUGAAAUAAGUGAGUUCUCGUAUCCCGUUUACCGAGCGUUUUUGGAGUAUCUGUACACUGACAGCAUCAGUCUUUCUCCUGAGGAUGCGAUAGGGUUGUUAGAUUUAGCAACCUAUUACAGAGAGACUCGACUGAAAAAGCUUUGCCAACAAACCAUCAAGCAGGGGAUCGGUGAGGAGAAUGCCAUUGCUCUUCUUUCAGCCGCAGUGAAAUAUGAAGCUAAGGACUUGGAGGAAUUUUGCUUCCGGUUUUGCAUAAAUCACCUGACCGUGGUUACCCAGACGACAGGCUUUGCAGAAAUGGACCAUGACCUUUUGAAGAACUUCAUUAGCAAAGCCAGCAGGGUGGGAGCGUUUAAAAACUGAAGGACUUUUGCAGGAAAAAGAAAUGCAGACUUUGUUUUCAACACAGGAUGCUCAUGCCUAUAAACCUAAAGUGCCAAGAUCCUGCCGGGAUAGAGACCCCUGUGAUUAAAGUUGAUUAAUGCA